CUCAGUCGAUGUCUGUGGGUGGAGAGGAUGGAGUAUGCAAAAGAAUAAACGGCGAUAAAAAAAUGACAGAAAUGUUUUCAAAUGUUGACGAAGCUCAAGUACUGAAUGCUUUGAGCAACGUUACUGAAAAAAUCACGGGUCUUCUCAACACAGCAAAACAGCAAGCACAAGAUUCGGUACAGCAGUUUGCACAAACAGACAUAAAUGCUCUAGGAGCAAGCAUUGGCUUAUAUGCAGAUGCAUUUUUAAGAUUGGGUGUCACAACACGAAAGGCUUUUGAUUCUGUUCUUCGUCAUCACCUUAGCAACCAAGAUGUAGAGAAUGCAGUUCAUGAACUUGAUGAGUUGGAGACGGACUGGAAUGUAUUCCUUAAAAAAACAGACUCCCAACUGGCGAAGGAUAAAUCCCACUCUAAGCUUCAUAUAGGCUCACCAGGACCAUGUGACAUUGAAAUUAAAAAUGCAAGGACUGGCUGUGUAACACGUUUGGGAAGCCUCCUCAGUAAGGGCCAUCUCAUCUUUGUUCUUCUACGACACUUUGCCUGACUACCGUGACGUGAUCACGUGGCUGAGCUCCAGAAGCGUGCACAGGAGGUGACCAGGUACGGAGGUCACGUCGUGGUUAUCUCUUUCGGCUCACAGGAGGGCGCUAUGGACUGGUUGGAUCAAACAGGGUGUACAUUUGACAUGUUUCUGGAUGCAGAUCGACAGAUCUAUACAGCUAUGGGUCUUGGCAUCUCUAUAUCUAAAGUAUGGAGCAUAUCCACGGUGAUGUACUAUGCUGACAUGAAGGCAAUGGGUAGGACCCUUCCCUCAGCGGCAGAAAACAUUGAGGAUGAUCCACUUCAGAUGGGCGGGAAUCUUGUUCUGGAUCGUCACGGUAACACUAUGUUAAUACAUUGCAGUAAAACACCACCAGACAGACCAUUAGUCGACACUCUGAUAGAGAUUCUAAAGGACCUCAAGUUUCCUGAAUCAAGCAGACCAGAAUCUGAAGAUGGUGGCGAACCUCCGAAGAAGAUCCUUAAGAGAUAAAUUGUUUUGUUUUGUUUGCAAAAUGAUGGUUUUUAGUGAAUCUGUGUGUAUGACGGCAAGGGCUUCAACCAAAUCUUCUGGCAGCCUUGGCUUGAUAAUUAAACAGAUUAGAUAAAAGGUACAUUUUUGUAUCUAUAAAAGAAAUUGUAAAGAUUACUAAGGAACUACAGCUGGUUUAUGUUUUUUUAAUGAGAUUUUCCAUAUAAUUGGUAAUAAAAUUCAAAGAAUAUUGAGAGAAAUUUUGUAACUUUUCCCCUGGUGAACUUCUUGUAGGUGAUAAAAUAAAUGGCACUAGUCAAAAUUCAGUUUAGUAAAAACACUGUCUUGUAACUUUGCCAAUGUUGGUUUAUUGCAUACAAGGUUUCAUAAGAUACAAACCUUGACAUAUUUGAAAUAAACACAAAACUGUUUCUACUCUAGCAUGAAGUUGCAAUUAAUGACCUUAUAAUAGCUCUGAGCUGACAAAUCUGAUACAAUUGAUUACAUCAUACCUCUCUCUUGUGUUUUAUUAUGUGGUUGUCUUUUUUGCAUUUUGUUUGUUUACAUCAAACAUAAGUAGGGUUACGUCUGUCUCCUGAAAAGACUGACACAUUACCACUAAACAUCGUUAGGCUUAUGUAAUAGGUAACUUAGUUCUCUGUUGGCAUGACAGACAUAUCACCGUACAGUUGUUUGAGCUUUGGCCUCCUGACAUGUGCCCAAUUACAUAGAAAAAAAUUGCUUGGCAUGAAAUUUCUUACUUGAUAAAAACAGGAUUACCAACCAAAUUUCCACAAGAUUUU